UUAAAAUUAUAAAUGUUAUUAUUUUAUAAUUAAAUAUAAGUUUGUUUUUUUAUUUUUUUUGUUUUGUUAACGGUGAUUUUCAAGUAUUUAUUAUGACACGUGACACUGUGAUGUAUUUAUUGAUUAUGAUUUUAAAUACAAGGAAUUUAUGUGCGUAAGAAAUAUCGAUCAAUUGUUUACGUGGCACAAUCGAGAGUUCAAGAUCCGGUUGUAUUAGUAUGUGUAAAGAAUAAUGAGGAGAAUAUUUGUCUGACUGGAAAUAAAUUUAUGAAAAUUAUUUGAGGAUAUAUUGGAGAGGAAAGUAGAACCAGGAAGAUUCGUGUGGUUACAAGACGAGACAACAUAAAAAAAGAAAUCACAUUAAAUAUAAAAAAAAUAAUAAAAGGAUGGUGGUCGACUGGCUGUGUCCUGGAUUGAGGCCCACUGGUAGAAGAAGACCUCGAAUACUUCAUUGCAAGGUCAUACUUCUUGACGAGCAUGAAUUACUCCAAGAUGUAAUGAAUUCAAACCUGGGACAGGAACUCAUCGAUCGAGUAUUUAGACAUUUAAAUUUACUUGAAACAGCUUAUUUUGGUCUACGAUAUUUAGAUCAUGAAAAUCAAACGCAAUGGCUUGAUCCAAGUAAAAAAAUUGGUAAACAAUUAAAAACACGUAAACAUGAUUCAUCAAAUGAUUCAUUUACACUUUAUUUUGGUGUAAAAUUUUAUGCAGCAGACCCCUGCAAACUCAUCGAGGAAAUCACAAGAUAUCAAUUUUUUCUUCAAAUUAAACAAGAUAUUGUACAGGGAAGACUUCCGGUAACAUUUGAUCUUGCUGCUGAAUUAGGAGCCUACGUUGUACAAUCUGAACUUGGUGAUUAUGAUCCAAGAAGACACUCAAUCGGCUAUGUAAGUGAAUUUCGUUUUCUCGCAAAUCAAACAGCAGAACUUGAAUCGAGAAUAGUAGAACUUCACAAAACUCUUGUUGGCCAAUUACCAUCAGCAGCUGAAUUAAAUUAUUUGGAUAAAGUUAAAUGGCUCGAAAUGUAUGGAGUCGAUCUCCAUCCAGUUUUGGUAAUUAAAAUUAGCUUAAUUUAUUACAAAAAAAAUAAAAAAAAAAAUAAUUUAAAUAAACCGCAAUUUAAUCAUUUUAAUUAUUUAAAAAUAUUAUUUAAAAUUAUUCUGCAGGGGGAGGACAACGUCGAGUAUUAUUUGGGUCUGACACCAAGUGGCAUAAUUUUACUUCGAAAUAAAACAAAAGUUGGAAAUUACUAUUGGCCACGUAUUAAUAAAAUGUACUACAAGGGUAGAUAUUUCAUGCUUCGUGUGAGUGAAAAAAAUUCUGAAGAACGUACACACGGUUUUGAAACACCAUCACGUGGUGCAUGUCAUCAUUUAUGGAAAUGUUGUCAAGAACAUCAAGGUUUUUUUCGUUUAAUGGCAACUGGACCACCACCAUUAAGUCCAUAUUCACGUUUUCGUUCAUGUAGUCCAACUCCAUCAGAUAAACAUAAUCAUAAUUCAAUACGUCGUAAUCCACAACCAAGAUUUAAUCGUGCACCAAGUCGUCGUGCACAAAGAAGAGUUGUUGAGGGUCAAGAAAUGAUUGGUACAUAUAUUGAAACACCAAUUAAUGAACGUAAUAUUACAACAAAUAAUAUACAAUCACAUUCACAAAGACAAAUUAAUAAUCCAAGUCCAAGAAGUACAAGAAGUGCACCAUGGACACAAAAUCAACCAAGAGGUCUUUAUACAUCAUCAAGUCCACGUUCUGUUCGUUCUGCUGGAACAGCACCAGUUUUGUUGAAUCGUCUUCAUAGAAGAAGUAGCUCUGUUGAGAGUCAAAGUUCUGGUGAUAGUCAUAGUCGUACUGGUCAUAGACGUAGAAGUCACAGUCACAGUCAUCGAAGACACAGUCGUCAUUCUGAUUGUGAAUCUGAAUUAUCAAGAGCAUCAGAUAGCAGAUCCGGUCAUCGUAAACAUCGUAGAAAACACAGAAGUUCUCGUAAUUCAAGAAAUUCAAAUUCAAGACAUGAACUUGUUGACUCAGAGCCACAAUGGAGAGAAGCACAAAAACGUAGAAAUGAAGGACUACAAAAAGCUGUUGUUGUAAGUCAUACUGAGCCAAGAAGAAGACACAGAAGUAGACACAGAUCACCAUCACAAAAAUUACCAGAUGAAUUAAAAAGACAUCUUGAAUUUAGUCUUGUUGAUACAAGUGGAAUGAGUGAACAACAACGUCGUGAAAUAUCAUACAAAGUUAUACAAACACAAUCAAAAUUACAAAAUCAUCAUCAAGCUGAUAAUAAUCAUGGAAAUGAUAUUGAUUUAUCACCACCUAGGAUUGUCGAUUGUAGCAGAGCACUUGGAACAAUUGAAAGAAGAGACAGAAGAUUACGUCAAAGUCGUGAUGAUAUUUAUGAUACAAGCAGUAUGAGAAACAGUCAUUAUACAGAAUUCAAGUAUCCUGAUAUGAGAAAUAUAUACUCAAGAGCUGAGUCAGUACGUAGCAGUAGAAUUGUCGUAGGAAAUAAUGCUGAUAGUGGAUUUGGUGAAAGUACACCACAGGAUAUAUCAUCAUGUUGUUCAAGUUCUGCUGAUAGUUCCAGGCCAACAAGAAUAAUGCAAAUGAAAAUUGGCGAUUAUAAACAUGAUUAUUUGACAAAUCAAGAAUUGCCAAAUGAUCAAACACUGGAUGUUGUUCUUCAACCAAUAAUAUCAACUUUAACAAGACGACCAAGGAAAUUUUAAAUAUUAUUUGUAAUAUUUAUAGUCACCAAGUGGAACUAGCUGGAUGACGUUGUCCAUAUGUUAAAUAUAAUUUUUGUGUAUACCUCAUUUAUCAAGUUAAUAAAUAAUUAUUAUCC